AGGGAAAAAAAAAAAAAAAGGAUUAAGAGAAAGAAAAAUGAAAGACGGCAGGGGGAAAGCGGAAAGGUUCUAAAAGAGACCGCCAGGAUAAAGCAGCCCUCGGUGGGCGGGAAGGAGCAGCUCUGGCAUGUGGGGAUCUCGGAUACCAACAGAUAUUUUGAUGGCAUGACAAAUCAGAAAGAAGAGGAUGUACUAUAUGACUAGACACAAGAUCAGUUCUGUUUGUGGAUUACAUUUUCAGUAAGAUGUAUGGAUCUAUUUUUUCCUUGUUCUUAUAUAUAGAUCAUGAGACUUGACUGAGGCAAUAUACAUAUCAUCCAUCCAUCUAUGGCGAACUACAGCCAUGCAGCUGACAACAUUUUACAAAAUCUCUCUCCUUUAACAGCUUUUCUGAAACUGACUUCACUGGGUUUCAUAAUAGGAGUCAGUGUGGUGGGUAACCUUCUGAUCUCCAUUUUGCUAGUGAAAGAUAAGACCUUGCAUAGAGCUCCUUACUACUUCCUGUUGGAUCUUUGCUGCUCUGAUAUCCUCAGAUCUGCAAUUUGUUUCCCAUUUGUUUUCACCUCUGUAAAAAAUGGCUCUACUUGGACGUAUGGGACUCUUACUUGCAAAGUGAUUGCCUUUUUGGGGGUUUUGUCCUGCUUUCACACUGCUUUCAUGUUAUUCUGCAUAAGUGUCACCAGAUACUUAGCUAUUGCCCACCACCGUUUUUAUACAAAAAGACUGACCUUCUGGACUUGUUUGGCUGUUAUCUGUAUGGUGUGGACCCUCUCUGUAGCCAUGGCUUUCCCCCCAGUUUUAGAUGUGGGCACAUACUCAUUCAUUAGGGAGGAAGACCAAUGCACUUUCCAGCAUCGUUCCUUCAGGGCUAAUGAUUCCUUGGGAUUUAUGCUUCUUCUUGCUCUCAUCCUCCUAGCCACACAGCUUGUCUACCUCAAGCUGAUAUUUUUUGUUCACGAUCGCAGGAAAAUGAAGCCAGUCCAGUUUGUUGCAGCAGUGAGCCAGAACUGGACUUUUCAUGGUCCUGGAGCAAGUGGUCAAGCAGCUGCUAAUUGGCUGGCUGGAUUUGGAAGGGGUCCCACACCUCCAACCUUGUUGGGAAUCAGGCAAAACGCGAACACCACAGGCAGGAGAAGGCUACUGGUUUUAGACGAGUUCAAAAUGGAGAAGAGAAUCAGCAGAAUGUUCUACAUCAUGACAUUCCUCUUUCUGACCUUGUGGGGUCCCUAUUUGGUAGCCUGUUACUGGAGAGUUUUUGCAAGAGGGCCUGUAGUACCAGGGGGAUUUCUAACGGCCGCUGUCUGGAUGAGUUUUGCCCAAGCUGGAAUCAAUCCUUUUGUCUGCAUUUUCUCCAACAGGGAGCUGAGGCGCUGUUUCAGCACAACCCUUCUUUACUGCAGAAAAUCCAGGUUACCAAGGGAACCUUACUGUGUUAUAUGAGGGAGCAUCUGUAAAUCUUUAGCCUUGUGAAACACUACCAUUCUCUGCUAAGCAAUUGUGGCCUGUAGCCAUGUCUUGAGAAGAAAAUCAAGAAUGGGAUGUCAGCAGCUGUAAGGAUUUGGGCAACAUUCUGCAGUCUUUGCAAUAGCUCACCUCUAAUCCUGUUUUAAACCUAAACAUGUUCCUGCUGACCACUGCUGAAGGUUUGUAAUUAAGAACAAAGGACUGAACUACUGCCCUGAAUUCCUUUAUGUGGUUGAAAUCUAGAUUAUGAAAGUAGCAGGUGCUAAGUAUCAGUGCUAAAUGCUGUGUAUAUCACUACAUAAAAUAAGACCAUCAAAAAGAUUAGCAUUGGACAUCUUAAUAAAUUAAGUUGAUAUGAGGUUAAUGUGUUGAUAAAACUAAUUUUAGACAUCUCAAGACCUUUAAAACAUUUCAUACAAUUAUUAUUUUGCAAAGACUGAAAACUGGGGACUCAAGUACUGUAACUGAUUAAAGAUGUGCCAUGCAUUAUUGGAUUAUCACACUUACAAAUCUGUUUGCCUUGUGAGUAAGUUUUGGGGAGCAUUCCAAAGCAGUAUUUUUGUUCAGAUUCAGACUUUACUUUUUUUCUUUUCCAAACAUAUUACUCUUUCUAAAUACCAUUUUCCUUAACAGUGAAAUUACUAACAUUUAACUGUAUUCUGUGUUUUUUGCUGAUUUGGUAUAAAGUUUAAUAGACUCUUAUUUAUAUUUUUUAAAAAGCUAGAUAUCAGUCUGUUAGGCAACGUUAAUGAUAAUACCCAGUCAUAAUUGAACAGUUAUAAUUAUACAGAAUAAACACAUGUUGCCUUAAAGGGUUAUCUAGUAUCUUCCAUUUUGUUUAGCAUUGAAGCAAAUAAGCAAGGAAAACUGAAUCAAUAACUCUGGUCAGUCAUUUGAGAGUGCAUGAAAGAUCACUUAGUCUUCUUUUUUUCCUUUUUACUCCAAUGGUUCCCAAAAUCAGUAUGCACAUCACUGGGAUGAUAUGUUUUUUUUUCUAGGUGUGCCGCCCUUUCUAGUUUGUUCUGAGAAUCACAGGCAGUUGAUGUAUGUUUAUAUUUUAAGACAGCUGUCAUGGGGAGACCGCAGCCUUAGUAUGAUAUCUUGCACAAUUUGUGAAGCAUUUAUUCUACUGAAGGCACAGUCUUGUUUAUAUUUUCUGCACAUUUUGGUGUAUUGGUUGUUUUAAAUUAUUUAAGUUUUAACUUGUGAAAGCAUAUAAUAUGAUUUCUUAGUAUUUUAGAAAUACAUUACAGUCUGUGAGUCUUUCCUUCUUUAAGAUACAGAUGUGUGGAUUUCAAUAUAAAGUUGCAUUUGCCAAAAUUUACCUGUGUAGCUUGUUAAUUUUCUUGGAAUAAAAUUUUGCAUUUUUCCAGU